AACGAAUAAAAAAACGAGCGUCUAGUGAAACAUCCGUCAUCGACCGACCCCCGGACUGCUGCGUAAUCCGCCAGAAUUGAGCCGCCUAUGUAUAUCAAGAAGGACUCGAAAAAGGAAGGUGUAACCAUGCGCGAGAAAAAAGGAGGUGCUUUGCAGAAGAUAAAAAAGCGACUAUCGCACAGCUUCGGCCGAUUAUCAAUAUCGCGCGAGGAAAGCGACGACGGUACGCAGCAAAACAACCAUCAUCACCUUCCCCAUCAUCAUCACCAUCACCAUGGACAUGGUCACAAUCGUGGCGGUAAAGUGCCCUUCAACGGAUACACAUCCGAGGAGUACCUCGACCGACUGGAACCAAACGGCAACAUCCCGGCCGAUAAGUCCUACAGCAAACAUUGGAACAGAGUAGGCGACCACGAGCGGGUCCAUCGGCAGCUGUCGGUCUCGUCGGACAGCAAGCUGCUCGACGACGACAUUCGGGAGGAAACACGUGUGAUAAUGCGACCUAAGAAGCCACCUCGGCCCAAGUCCGAAGUGUUCUUGAACAAACACGACCCGCACCCGAGAAGGAAACGGUUUAGCGCAUUCGGGGGUGAUUCGCCGUUCGGCAAAUCAGAAGCUUACAUCAAACUAGAGCAACUCGGUGAAGGAUCCUACGCAACGGUAUUUAAGGGCUAUAGCAAUCUAACGAAUCAGGUGGUAGCGUUAAAGGAAAUCAGGUUACAGGAAGAGGAGGGCGCUCCGUUCACGGCGAUCCGCGAGGCAUCCCUGCUGAAGGAACUGAAACAUUCGAACAUCGUGACCCUGCACGACAUCGUGCACACGCGUGAGACGCUGACGUUCGUCUUCGAGUUUGUGAACACCGACCUGUCGCAGUACAUGGAACGACAUCCGGGCGGCCUCGACCACCGAAAUGUGCGCCUGUUUCUGUUCCAGCUAUUGCGGGGGCUCUCCUAUUGCCAUAAAAGACGCGUGCUGCACCGGGACGUGAAACCGCAGAACCUGCUCAUCAGUGAGAUGGGCGAACUGAAGCUGGCCGACUUUGGUCUGGCGCGUGCCAAGAGUGUUCCGAGUCAUACCUAUUCGCACGAGGUCGUCACGCUCUGGUAUCGACCCCCGGAUGUCCUGCUCGGCAGCACCGAAUAUUCCACCUCGCUCGACAUCUGGGGCGUUGGCUGUAUAUUCGUCGAAAUGAUCACCGGCAUGCCGACGUUCCCCGGGAUUCGCGAUACCUACGAUCAGCUGGACAAGAUCUUCAAAAUCCUCGGCACACCGACGGAAGAAUCGUGGCAAGGGGUAACGCACCUGCCCGGAUAUAAGCUACAAAUGUUGGGCUUCUUCAAACCCCGGAAGCUAGGGCUAAGUUUUCCUAGGUUGUACGAUAUUAUCGAAGGUGAGACGAUGGCCACUUCGUUCCUACAGCUCAAUCCGGACAACCGGAUAAGUGCGGACGAAGCGCUCCGCCAUCCAUACUUUGCACCGUUGCCAAAAAAACUCUACGAACUGCCGGAUGAAUUGUCCAUCUUCACCGUGGAAGGUAUCUACUUGCAGCCGGAACCGAACCGACACCAUGCGCACUCGCGACCAUGAGAGUUAAGACAAAGCAAAACUUUAGAUGCAAUACGUUAUUAUUGUUAGUAGUUAAUGUGAUUACCUGCGUUGCUGGUUAGCAGAGGACGCAGAAGAUGAAUUGCGCUCUAUUUUCGCAAACGAGUGCUAGAGUUCCGCCGCCAGCGCAUACCCGCCUGAUGGGUUCGGUAGCGAACGGGGCAGGAUUGUGGCGAUGGCAGGAAGUGAUAAUCGAUCGCUCACCUCAUCGUUGUGUGGUAGAAAAAUUCAGAACAAAAGCAAACAGCCUGGCAAAAAUGGUAAAUCAAAAUCAAAACCGCAGAAACCUUUUUAGCACCAUUCCACAGCAGGAGCAGGAGCAAGCAACUGAUGAGAGGCGAGCGCCCGCUAACGGUGCGGUUGCAAUGACCAAAAACAAACUAGCGAACGAAGCAAAAGUAAUCCUCCGGAACCAAAGUGAUGCUAAAGUAUGUGAUCAGUUCAUUCAUAGGCAUGCCGUCACUAUCACUCCACCAGCACUGCGAUCGCAGCAAAAAGGACAUCGUGGUUGGUGGCCGAUCGCCACCAUCGAUCCUUCAUAUGCUAUUCAGUAGGGAACGGGAACGGCGAUCCGUUUUCCGGUUGAGCUGAAAAAAAUCCCAAUUUCAGCAAUGCAGAGACAGCAGUUGUCUGCAAUCGGUUAUGGUUCUUUCCCUUCCGAUAGAGUUCUGUAAAGUGAGAACAAGCGUAACUCGGUUUCUUUGAAUAUGAUGAUGUACAAACGUUUAGGUUCAUUCGAUCAAUAGUUGCAGCCAGAAACAGCAGGAGCAGCAGCAGCAGCAGCUAAAUAAUAAUAAUUAAAGAUAUUAUGUUACGUUAGCAACAGAUUUUUACUGACUCUUCAAAGUAUUCAAACAUGCUCUACAAAUACUACACAAAUAUUCGCUAGCGUUCGUUUUUACGCAGGUUUGUUUUCUAUCGCGUUCGGCACGUGAUGUGGUACCUAAAGAGUGGUCAUAUUUGUCUUGAGUCUAUCAAUUUUCCUCAGUAUGUAACAUUUUCGUUUGAUUUUCUUUAGUAUUUUUUAAACAACUGAAAACUUUCUGUUUCCCCCCAUGAGUCUGAAUUAUCAGUAGCAGCACCAGAAGGACGGUGGACAGUGUUACGUUUCGACGCUGCUCUGCGCCACCUCGGGCUGUGAGCUCAUCUGUGUGUUUAGUAAGCUGCCCUGCUACUACCAUCGCUAUUGUUUUCGCGACAAGCUAGCAUUGGUUUCAGCAGCAGGGCCUAAAAAAGAUAUUAUGAAAAUGCUAUACCCCCACACAAAGCAUAAAGUGAGAAAGUUGGCCCAUGGCACGUUUGAGCGCCACCCGAACACCAUCCAGAACCCGCUUGCGCUUCUCCAAUUGUAUUGCAUUUAGUGAGACCACCAUUUGUCAAAGCGAAGGGCAAAGGGUGCGGCACAAAGAUACUACAACUGUACGAUCAGGAGCUUAAACAAUAGAGGCGUUUGUCUGGAUUAAUUUGGUUUUAACUGCUAUUCGUUUACGGUGGCCUUUUUAUCGAUGACGUCCAAGUUGUUCGCCAUGUCUUCGUGCUGACUAUGCUGAUAAUGAGUAGUAAUUGAUUUUGAAACAAGUAUUGAGAGGUUAACAAUGAGUAGACAAUUGGGCCCCCGCCACCUUCCUUAUCUUUUAUCCGACGGUCUUCAGUUGUAGUUAUUGUAAGAAAAUGUUUAUUACACGUAAGGCGGAUUCGAACACUGUGCCCGUUCGAAGUACGAUAUUCG